AUGAUGCGUGUUGUUAUCACUUUAAGCCUUCUCCUCGCAGUAGUUCUUGCGGACCCAGUACCCAAACUUUCUUCGUCCAUUGAUGACGCUCUCAGUCUCGCCGUAUCCGCUAUCCAAUGGUUGGUGUCCAACUGUUUAGUGGUCGUACUCGGAGCAAUCUCGACGCUAGGGUUUUGCAAGUUCACCGGCUCCUGUUCACUGAGCUACGAGGAUAUUCUUCCCGUGUCCCAGUUAACCAGCUAUAUCACUCCGGAACAUAUCCAAACAGCUGAAAAUUUCCUCGCCAGUGCUGUAGAGAAAUACGCGGAUGAGAGAAGAAGAUCGUACAGCCCAAUUAAUUAUUAA